AUGGCCGUGAAGGAGGCACUCAGUCCGCCGGAAGAGACCUCCGACCCGGCGGAGACUGGCUCCGACCACUCGCCGCCGCCUGGCUAUGACUCGGGCGACGAACAGUCCACCAUCGGCAGUCUGCACAACCCGCGCCUGCGGCUGCAGCUGCGCCAGAUUCGCCGCCAGGUGAGCCGGCGACGAUCGGUGGGCGACGGCCGGCCGCCGCGCUCCGGCUCCCUCAGCGAGCUGAUCGGUCGUCAUGCCGCCGCCGCCGCCGCCCCCGCCCCCGCCCCCGCCGAACAGCCGGGGGACGAGGUGGUCAUCGACGGAGGUUACGGCUGGGUGGUGGCGUUCGGAGCCUUCCUGGCCAACUUCUGCAUCGCCGGCACGGUCAAGUCGUACGGCCUGCUGAACCUGAUGGUGAUCGAGACGUUUGGAGUCAGUGCGGCCGAGGCGGCCGUAGUGCCCAGCCUGCUCCUCACCAUCGGCCUGCUCAUCUCGCCGGUGGUGGGAGCGCUGUGUGAGCGCUUCACCUGCAGGAAGGUGGUCACUGCCGGCGGCAUCUUCUGCUUCCUGGGCUUCGCGCUGGGCUCCUUGUCUACCAACAUCACCCACCUCUGCCUGACGGUCGGCGUGCUCGGAGGGAUCGGUACCGGCUGCGCCACCACCCCGGGCAUCCUGAUCACGACCCGCUACUUCCCGACGCGCCGCUCCAUGGUGAACGGCCUGGUGCUGGCCGGGAACGCGGCCGGCGGGUUCGCGCUGCCGCCGCUCUACCAGCUGCUGCUGGCAGAGUUCGGCCUGCGCGGCACCCUGCUCGUGAUCGGAGCACUCUGUCUGCACGUGGUGGCCGGCGCCGCGCUCGCCCGGCCCAUCGCCGUCCACGAGACCGUGCUGCGCCGGCGCCGACAGCGGCAGCGGCGGCAGCGAGACGGUGUUGAUGAGGCUGCCGUGGCGCCGCGGCGGAUUCCCAGCUACACGAGUCUGGACACGGGGCUGGAGACUGCGGAGUACCGCGAGAAACACUCGCCCAGUCAGGUGAGCCUGUCGUCGCGACUGGACAUCACGGACGAGUGCUUUGUGAAGCGGCUCAGCCACUCGAGUCUGGCCUCACGACCGGCGCCCAGCGAAGAGCGCUUCUUGCAGCAGUGCCACGCCAGUCUGGCGUCGCGGUGUGACUCCCACGACGGCCACCUGACCAAGCGGCCGCUGAGUCUGGCCAGCCUGGCUGAGCGUCUCAGCUUCACCAGCGCCCCGGCGAGCGACCAGCGGCGCGACAGCCUGGUGCCGCGGCCGGCCGAGGCCCCCACUCACCUGGUGCGGGUGGUGCGGCCCGGUCCGGACGGCCACCCGACACCACUGCUGGUGCAGGUGCCGGCGCGGCUGCGCACCAGCAGCCUGCUCCUCUCCACCACGGACGUCACCACGGACGCCACGUCACAGUUCAACGACGACUUGCGCCGACUGCGCGAGGCGGAGACGUCGUGCGCGCCGCACCUGUACCGUCGCGUGCGGCGCUACCUGGACCUGGACCUGCUGCACAACGCCCUGUUCCUGGCCGUGGCCGCGUCCGUGUUCUUCAUGGCAGCCGGGGCGCCGUACGCACUGAUGCAGCUGCCCGUGUUUGGUGUGUCCCGGGGUCUGAGUCGGGCCCAGACGGCAGAGAUCCUCAGCCUGGUCUCGGCCGUGGACCUCGUCAGUCGGCUCUGCUUCGGCUGGCUGUUCGACCAGGGCCUGUUCCGCCGGCAACACGCAUUCGCCGCCAGUCAGCUGCUGGGCGGUGUGUCGGUGCUGCUGCUGCCGCUGGUGUCCAGCUACGGCGCCAUCCUGGCGCUGUUUGUCGUCUAUUCGGUGGGCAUCGGCACUUGGUUCGUCAACCUGGCGCCCGUGCUGGCCGACCACCACGGCAUUGACAAGAUCGCCUCUUCGUACGGCCUGGUGCGCAUGUUCCACGGCCUCUCCACGCUGGCCAUGCCGCCGCUCUUCGGCGUGCUGGUGGACCGUACCGGCGAUUACGGCACCCAGUUCUACGGUAUCGGCUCGUGUAUGGUGGUGGCCGGCCUGCUGGUGGUGGGCGUCUCUGUGACGUCACUGGACCAAAAAUACGGCGUGCGGCAGGAGGCCGAGACCGGGGAACAGCCGGAGGUCACAGCGGACCAGCGGGACGCCGUGUCGGAACAGCACGACCACGAGGAUGUGGCCAAUCAGCCAAUAGCCGAGGAGGAGGAGUGA